UAUGUCUGUUUCUAUCUAAUUUAAAGGAGGAACAAAGACAGAUGUAUGUGUUAACAGUUAGCUUAGCAAGAGGUUGGAAAAACCGGCCCUUAGACUUCUCUUUGGUGUUAGACUUUGUCGGUAUCGUGUUCUUCGUAAUGCCGCGAGAGACGCAGAGAUGGCAAUAGCUUAGCGCUACAAGUUAUUCGUGACAGUUUAUGCAUUUGUUUCGCUGUUGUAUUUCAUUUAUCGUGAGCUAUUAAAUAUCAUUUAACGGAUCAGCCGAAAUGAUUAAGUCUGCUUUACGGUUGAUUAAUUAUCCUUUAUUGUCAGAAAGCGUAUUGGCUAAUGGUGUGGCGACUUACAUUCGUUUGAAUGUCAUAACCUCAAGAAGCAUUUGCACUACUUUACUCUGCAACAAAGAAAUUCGAACAAAGGACGAGAAAUCAAGGGUUGGCAAAUCCAGCAAAUAUGGAUUAAUAGCGGGAGAGACUACCCCUGAACUGAUGGACAUUAAUCAGCAAGAAAAUCUAUUUCCUGAUGAGGACACGCCAAAUCGACUUUUUAAUGGUGUACCAUAUAAGGAAUUGCAUAUUAUUAACAUUAAAUCAACUCCUAAUAAUACAAUCAUGAAUUUUACUGAUUACAAAGGUAAAGCAAUUACAUUGCAUUCAUCUGGUAUCGAAGGUUUUAAGAAUGCUAGAAAAGGAACAAACAUUGCUGCUCAACAAGCUGCUAUAACGUUUGGUAAUCGUAUUCGUGAAUAUGGCAUAAAUACUGUGAGAAUUCGAGUACAAGGAAUUGGAGCAGGCAGAAUGUCUUCUAUAAAAGGUCUUCAUAUGACAGGAUUAAACAUUGUUUCGGUGACAGACGAUACUAGAGUAAGUUGGAAUCCACCAAGAGCACGAAAACAAAGAAGGGUAUAGUUAGUAUUUCAAAUCAUCUCGGAGGGAAUUCGGCCGGGCGCAUCGAUGUGCAAUAGUGAGUGCGAGCAAAUUCGCGACUAGGAUGGAGAAGGCGAAGGGCCCGGGACGUCGAUGUAACAUCGCGCUCACACGUCUUCUACGUCGCAGUUCACCGGCG